CAGGAGCAAAGGCAUGGAGGUGGGCCUCUCCUGAGGAGAAUCAAUGAUGAAUUCCAAACUUACUCUUGGAAAAAGGUAGUGUGGAUCUGCCUGUCAGCAUUGAACAGUGCAUUUCAGCUCAUUCCUGACCACCCUCUCAUCACAGAUGAGGAAUAUAUCAUAAAUAGAGCCAUAAGAAAGCCAGACCUAAAGGUGAGAUGCAUAAAAGUGCAGAAAAUAAGAUAUGUUUGGAACAACUUGGAAGGACAGUUCCAGAAAAUUGGCUCUUUGGAAGACUGGCUCAGUUCUGCCAAGAUACAUGUAAAGUUUGGAUCAGGUCUAACAACAGAAGAACAAGAGAUUAGGAGGUUAAUAUGUGGGCCAAAUACUAUCGAUGUUGAAAUCACACCCAUCUGGAAACUGCUCAUCAAGGAGGUUUUAAAUCCAUUUUACAUAUUUCAGCUCUUCAGUGUCUGUCUGUGGUUUAGCGAAGACUAUAAGGAGUAUGCUUUUGCUAUCAUAAUCAUGUCUAUCAUUUCCAUCGCUUUGACCGUAUAUGACCUCAGAGAGCAAUCUGUAAAGCUCCACCAUUUAGUUGAAUCACAUAAUAGCAUUACAGUCUCUGUAUGUGAGAAAAAAGCUGGAGUCCAGGAGCUGGAAUCACGCUUCCUGGUACCUGGAGAUCUAUUAAUUUUGACGGGGAACAAAGUGCAAAUGCCGUGUGAUGCCAUUCUGAUUGAUGGAAGCUGUGUGGUAGAUGAAGGCAUGCUGACAGGAGAAAGUAUUCCGGUCACUAAAACUCCAUUACCUAAGAUGGAUAGCUCUGUGCCCUGGAAAACACAGAGUGAAGCGGAUUACAAACGGCAUGUCCUCUUCUGUGGAACAGAGGUUAUCCAGGCCAGGGGGGCUUGCUCUGGCACCGUGAAAGCAGUAGUACUUCAAACGGGAUUCAACACUGCAAAGGGGGACCUCGUGAGAUCUAUUCUCUACCCCAAGCCGAUGAAUUUUAAGCUCUACAGGGAUGCCAUCAGGUUCCUCCUGUGCCUCGUAGGGACAGCCACCAUCGGGAUGAUCUAUACUUUGUGCGUCUAUGUGCUCAGUGGGGAACCUCCGGAGGAGGUGGUGAAGAAAGCCCUUGAUGUCAUCACAAUUGCGGUUCCUCCCGCUCUACCUGCUGCCCUGACCACAGGCAUUAUCUAUGCCCAGCGGAGGCUGAAGAAGAGAGGCAUCUUUUGUAUUAGCCCCCAGAGGAUUAAUGUAUGUGGACAAUUAAACCUUGUCUGCUUUGACAAGACAGGUACCUUAACAAGGGAUGGCUUGGAUCUCUGGGGAGUCGUGCCCUGUGAUAGGAGUGGCUUCCAGGAAGUCCACAACUUUGCCUCAGGCAAGGCUUUGCCAUGGGGCCCACUGUAUGCAGCCAUGGCCAGCUGCCAUUCUCUGAUCCUCCUGGAUGGGACCGUCCAUGGAGACCCACUGGACCUCAAAAUGUUUGAAGCUACUACUUGGGAAAUGGUGGUUUCCGGGCAUGAUUUCCACAUCAAGGGAGCACCGGCAUGUGCCAUGGUUGUUAAGCCCUGCAAACCAGCCAGCCAGGUCCCAGUGGCAGGAAUUGCAAUCCUGCAUCAGUUCCCAUUCUCAUCAGCGCUGCAGAGGAUGACAGUCAUUGCCCAAGAGAUGGGGGGUGACUGGCUGGCAUUCAUGAAAGGUGCACCGGAGAGGGUGGCCAGCUUUUGCCAACCUGAGACAGUACCAACUAGUUUUGUUAGUGAACUUCAGAUUUACACGACACAGGGCUUCCGGGUCAUAGGACUGGCCUACAAAAAGCUGGAAAUGGACCAUCACACCACUGCCUUGAUGAGGGACCAGGUAGAAUCAGACCUGAUAUUUCUGGGAUUGCUGAUCUUGGAGAAUCGACUGAAGGAAGAGACAAAACCUGCCCUUGAAGAGCUCAUCUCAGCCCGGAUAAGGACCGUAAUGAUCACAGGUGACAAUCUUCAGACUGCAAUAACAGUGGCCAGAAAGUCUGGAAUGGUUUCUGAAAGCCAGAAAGUCAUUCUCAUUGAAGCAAAUGAAACUACUGAGUCCUCAUCAGCAUCUAUAUCUUGGCAAUUAGUCGAAGAGAAGAAACAUAUUGCAUAUAGGAAUCAGGACAAUUACAUUAACAUCAGGGAAGAAGUCUCUGAUAACAGCAGAGAAGGAAGUUACCAUUUUGCCCUAAGUGGAAAAUCCUUCCAGGUUAUAAGUCAACAUUUCGGUAGCCUACUGCCAAAGAUAUUGAUCAAUGGGACCAUCUUUGCAAGAAUGUCUCCAGGGCAGAAAUCCAGUCUGGUGGAAGAAUUUCAGAAACUAGAUUACUUUGUAGGUAUGUGUGGUGAUGGAGCCAAUGACUGCGGGGCUUUGAAAAUGGCUCACGUGGGCGUCUCUUUAUCAGAGCAGGAGGCAUCUGUGGCCUCACCUUUCACUUCCAAAACUCCAAACAUUGAAUGUGUACCUCACCUUAUCAAGGAAGGACGUGCGGCUCUCGUUACCUCAUUUUGCAUGUUUAAGUACAUGGCUCUGUACAGCAUGAUUCAGUAUGUUGGUGUUCUGCUGCUCUACUGGGAGACAAACAGCCUUUCAAAUUACCAGUUUCUGUUCCAGGAUCUGGCCAUUACAACUCUUAUUGGUGUAACAAUGAAUUUGAAUGGUGCCUAUCCCAAGCUGGUGCCUUUCAGACCUGCAGGACGGCUGAUCUCCCCGCCUCUGCUGCUCUCUGUGAUUCUCAACAUUCUUCUCAGCCUGGCCAUGCACAUUGUGGGCUUCAUUCUGGUUCAGAGGCAGCCUUGGUAUUCCAUGGGGAUGCACAGUACCUGCACAGUGCAAAAUGAAACCACCUCAAAGUUAACCAUUUCUCCAACUGCUCCAGAUAAGAUCGAAAGUAAUGGUGUCUUUACAAGUUUUGAGAACACUACUAUAUGGUUCUUGGGAACAAUCAACUGUAUCAUUGUGGCUCUUGUCUUCUCAAAAGGAAAACCAUUUAGGCAGCCCACCUACACAAACUAUAUAUUUGUCCUUGUGCUGGUCAUACAGCUGAGUGUGUGUCUAUUCAUUCUAUUUGCCGAUAUUCCAGAAUUAUAUAGGCGUCUGGAUCUGCUCUGCACUCCUGUCCUGUGGAGGGUCUACAUUGUCAUUAUGCUCGGCUCCAAUUUCAUUGUGUCCCUUGUCGUGGAGGAGGCCAUCAUUGAAAAUAGAGCCCUGUGGAUGAUAAUCAAAAGAUGUUUUGGCUAUCAAUCAAAAAGCCAGUAUCGGAUAUGGCAGAGGGCCUUGGCAAAUGACCCCAGUUGGCCCCCCAUAAACCAGACCUCCUACUCUGACAUGCCGGCGUGUGGCAGGGGAGUGUCUUACAGCAACCCGGUGUUUGAGAGCAACGAGGAACAACUUUGAAGACAUUGUGAUAACCAAGUUUAUAUAACAUAGUAACGAUGACAAAAGGGACCAGUUUCAGUGAUUUGUUUUUAAGCAGUGAGACACUUACAAUAUCAGCUAGAGUUUUUGGAAUCAAAAACCUGUCCAAUC